AUGCCAUGGUCAGAAAUGACAUUUACCGUAAAAUACCGCUUAGAAUACCCAGGAGAUGAAAAUGAAGAAUACCUUUACAAAGAUAAUGGAAAAAUAUUACUAUGGAAACUUUGUUCUUUUAUCGACGCGCAUGUCGGACCAGGAUUCUUAAAAAAGGACUGCUUGUACUUUUACAAGGAAGGACUACAAAAUAUUUCGGACAAAAAGAAGUGUGCAAAGUUAUUAAAACUUCAUGAAAACAAAAUCACAGCUCAUUUAGUUAGGUCGGAUAUGCUUCAGAACAGGCUUAAAUUAUUAGCUAACACUGCAAGGUCCGCAAAUUCCACACUUUACACAACAUUCACCCAAGCUGAUGUAUCCGUUAGUUGUUAUAAAACACCAGAAAAACAGAUCACAACAGAUCAUGAUAUCUUACCAAUUGGACCAAAUCCUUUUAUCGUUGAAUCAUCACAAGAAAAAAAACAUGAAGACUAA